AUGCAGUACUUGCAUAUCCUGGGAUUCUUGCUCUUUUUGGCCGCUUCUGGUUCGACUUUCGAUCGGGAUAAUCAAUUCUAUGGACUGCGAAUUUCUAAGGACCAUGCCGGGCAGCUGACGUUGCCGGAACCAAGACCGGAUUCUGUGGAACUUUUGCAAUACAGGGUAUCCACACGUCAGUCCUUCACGCCAUUUGAGAGGCGUGUGAUACGUUUACUACGUAAGCUGGGCUUAUUGAAAAGCGAUGCUGAAAAGGUGCUGGAUGCCCUCGAAAAGGACAAGGAUCUCUUGCGAAGAUUGAAGAAGUUACUCGACGAGGUCGACAAGGAACACGAGACCGAUGACUUCCUUGAAGAUUUCUUCGAUGUCAUUUUUUCGAAGAAAUUAUAAGCCGCUUUCGUUCAGUUGUCAAUUACUACUUAAUGGAGUGAUAUUCAAAUAAGUCAAAUUAAUCGUAGGCCCGCUUAUCUCGAUCGAUAACAAUAUUGCCGAUUAUACCGAUUACAAGCUAGUAAAUGAGUGAAUGAGUUAUCAGAA